AGUUGCAACUUGCAGUCACAUUGAAUUUCUUAAAAAAAUCAAGUAUGAAUUUAAGAAAUUAACGUCAAUUUUUUUUAAUUCUUGCUCUUUAUUUGUAUUUUUCUUAUCCCAUGAGGAAUUACUUAAGAUGAUUCUAUUUACGAGUAAAAUGUCCUUCAGUUUAUAGUAAUUUAGUACUUGGCUAAUAUUCGUAACAGACAGUUAAUAAACAAAAAAACAAAAUUAUUUUAGCCCCCAGAGGCUGAAAUGGUAGUUUAGCCAUGCUGUGGAACGCAAAAAGCAAGAGUAGUUAGUGAAAAGGUUACUUUUUACACAAAAAGGUUACUUUUUUAAUAUUUCGGGUAACUUUUCACAAGACCCAACUGGCAACACUGCUACAGACGAAAUAAGUCACAGAUUCUGUGACAUAGAAUACAUAUGCAAUAUGCACGUAUCGCAGGAACCAUAGAUUUACGAGUCGGUAUGCAGGAACUAUAGUUUUUUUUUUCAAUAAGGCUUCGCAAUUUGUACACUUUCGAAUCGUAAAGCUAUUUGUACGUGGUUUUAAAGUUUUGCCUUUGAAGUUUGGCUUAGGGUGACUUGAGAGCAACAAUAAAUAACCAACGAAUAUUCUUAGUUUCACUCAUUGAAUACUUAUGUACUCGGCCAACGUGUAACGACAUUGAGAUUUGCCUACCUAAAAUUACGUCAACGAUGGCAGAAAAUUAUAAUAAAGCACAAGAAGUUGGUGGUAUAAAACUUAUUGAAAAAAAUGAAAGUUACUUCACAGUUAAGUUCGAAACUGGCGAAGAAGCAAGGUUAUAUAUCCUUAACGACCAUGUUUUCAGAUAUUAUAUUUCACCUAGCGGUGUUUUUUUGGAAUAUCCCGAGCCGAUAGACCCUAAUGAUGUAGCCAAGAUGGUUGUUAAGACAGAGGAUGAUUACGGUUUUGAUGUUUUCAAUCAAACUGUUCUUGAAGAUGUCGUGACCCAUUAUGUAGUGCAAACAAAAGAUAUACAAAUAGUAUUUGAUAAGAUAAGUGGCACUAUGAAAGUACAUGACACUAGAGUUGACAAAGAAGUAUUGAGCGAAACAAAGCCUUUGUCUUAUAUCGAUGGUGAAUCAACUCAAUGUUUGCGUCAGAAUGAUAACGAAUAUUAUUUCGGAGGCGGAAUGCAAAAUGGAAGGUACACACAUAAAGGAGAAGUAAUACAUAUUGUAAAUAGUAAUAAUUGGACUGACGGCGGAGUUACAUCUCCUUGUCCCUUCUUCUGGUCGUCUUACGGCUACGGUGUAAUGAGAAAUACGUGGCAACAAGGAAUCUACGAUUUUGGAGAAAUAUCAAAUGAUUUUAUUACAACUAGUCACAAAGGCGAAGAUUUUGAUGCGUAUUUCUUUAUAAACAGUUUACCGAAAGAUUUAUUAAAUGAUUAUUACGAGUUAACAGGAAAACCAAUUUUAUUACCGGAAUAUGCAUAUUACGGAGCACAUUUGAACGCUUUCAAUCGGGAUUAUUGGGUUGAAGUAAAAUCUGAUACCUAUGGUGCUAUACUAUAUGAAGAUGGUAAAUAUUAUAAAUGUUACCAGCCGAAAGAUAUCGGUGAUAAAAAUGGAGUUCUGGAAUCUUUAAAUGGGGAGAAAAAUAAUUACCAAUUUUCUGCUCGUGCAAUGUUAGACCGGUAUAAAAGGCAUGAUAUGCCUUUAGGUUGGUUUAUACCUAACGAUGGUUACGGUUGUGGUUAUGGGCAAACAGACACAUUAGAUGGUGACAUCGAAAACUUAAAGAAGUUCGUCGAUUAUACUGUAGAAACGGGCGUAGAAGUAGCUUUGUGGACAGAAUCGAAUUUGCUUCCUAAAGAUCCUGAGAAUCCUAAAAAAGGAGAACGUGAUCUUAGUAAAGAAGUUAGCAUAGCCAAUGUUAUUGCACUAAAAUGUGACGUAGCUUGGAUCGGCAGUGGCUACUCAUUUGGACUUAGUUCUGUUGAAAAUGCAUCUGAUAUAUUUGUGAAACAUACUCAAUAUAACGUGAGACCAAUGAUUUUAAUGGUAGAUGGCUGGGCUGGUACACAGCGUUAUUCUGCAAUAUGGAGUGGUGAUCAAGCGGGAGGAGAAUGGGAAUACAUUCGAUUUCAUAUUCCUACUUAUAUUGGCAGUGGUUUAUCAGGACAGCCAUUAGUUGGUUCAGAUAUGGAUGGUAUUUAUUCAGGGGGAUCCAAAGAAGUUAAUAUUAGAGAUUACCAAUGGAAAACAUUUACUCCCUUACAAUUAAACAUGGACGGCUGGGGUAAUACACAGAAAACUCCAUUUAGUUACGAUGAAGAAGCUUCUAAAAUCAACAGAGCCUAUCUAAAGUUAAAAGCUAUGUUAAUGCCAUAUAACUACAGCAUAGGGUAUGAGUCGAUUCAAGGUCUCCCAAUGAUUAGAGCCAUGUUCCUCGAAUUUCCGGAAGAAACUCCAGCUUACACAAAAGACUCCCAAUACCAAUAUAUGUGGGGCCCAAAUGUUCUUGUGGCGCCUAUUUAUAAUGACUUUAAAGAUGAUGACGGCCACUCUAUACGCGACGGAAUUUAUCUUCCAAAUCCAAAUCAAGUGUGGAUAGAUUUUUUGACAGGAACAAAAUAUCAGGGUGGAAAAAUAUACAACAAUAUUAUGUCACCAUUAUGGAAAAUACCUAUAUUUAUUAAGGAUGGUUCAAUAAUACCAAUGACUAAUUCUAAUAACAAUCCCUAUGAAAUAAAGAGGGACUUCAGAACCUUUACCAUUUACCCUAACGAUACUGCAAGUUUUUAUGUUUAUGAAGAUGACGGUAUAUCUUUAGACUACUUACAGGGAGUUACGGGUUCUGCUACUACACAAAUUGAAGUUUCAGGUCCAGAAACUAACAAAGUUGGUGACUUAUUCAUAAAAAUAUAUAAAACUAUAGGAAAUUAUCCUAAAAUGAUCAAACAAAGACGAACCAUCUUACAAAUUAAGACAACUGAAGAUGUCGGACGUAUAAAAGUUGUUGCUAAUGGACAACCAAUAAUUGUAACAAAAGCUAAAAACACAAGUGAAUUUGAAAGUAGAGACAACGUGUAUCUUUGCAAAGAAGAUUUUUAUGUGAAUCCAUACCUGAAAGAACAUACUGAAUUAAAACAAAUGUUUUUGUUAUUAAAACUUGAGGAAUUAGACGUGACCACCAAUGAAAUAAUGAUAAAAGUUAACAAAUAUACUAACCAAAGUGAAAUAUUUGGCAACCUGCAAGGUGAUGCUAAAUUACAGGAAACUAUAAUUAAUUUUCAAGCAAACUACUUCGAUUCUUCAGCUACCUCUAUUAGUCUCGAAUGGGACGAUAGUGAAAGUAGCGACUUUUACGAGAUCGAAAGAGAUGGUGUGGUAUUUACUAACAUCAAAAAUAAAUCCUUUACGUUCGACGAUUUUGCUUAUGACAGUACACAUGAGUUUAGAAUUAGAUCAGUUUCGAAUAACGUUGCUUCAGAUUGGAGCAAUGGUAUCUUGGCUUCAACACACGAGGAUCCUUUCAAAUGCAUGAUUUCAGGAGUAAAAAUUACUUGCAAUCUGCCUUGUCAACCUUGUCAAGAAAUAUGCAAUCUAACAGACAAUAACAAAAGUACUCUGUGGCAUACAAACUGGGGAUCAUCUGGUCAAGCUAAACCAACAGAUGAGAAAUAUUUAAAACUUUUUUGUGAUUUAGGAGAUGUAUAUGAAUUAGAUAAAGUUGAUUACAUACCUCGUAAUGAUGCAGGCAAUGGGACACUUCUUGAGCUUCAAUACACAUAUUCCACAAAUAAUAAAGAGUGGAGUACUGUAUCAGAUCCAAUACGAUUUGAAAGUAACAAUUCAAAGAAAACAAUACCCUUUCAUGGAAAGAAACUAAGAUAUUUACAACUUAUUGUGUUAAAUGCCAUUGGCAGCUUUGGAUCAGGAAGGCAUAUGUUAUUCUAUAAAAAGUAAUAUAGGUUUUCAAACAAUUUUGUAAUAA